AUGAUUUUUAUACUGUAUUAUUAUUACUAUUAUUAUCGAUAUUAAAUUUAAAAUAUUAUUAGUAUUUAAGUAUUAUAAUAUGGUCACGAAACUACAUUGCUGUGCAUAGCCAUUAGCCGCACAACAGACGAUUGUUGCGACGAUAGACCGGUCGGCGGCCGUAGCCAGUAGCACUGUUAGCUGUAAAUAAUAAUUAGUAGUUAGUACUUCACUGGCUGCACGUCCUUACCAGGGUCCGGUAUUUGAACGUCUUAUUUAACUCGUAGUCAAACGAUAAACAAAUAGAUUUAACACGUUUCGUUAUUCCGUUUUCAUGAGCACCGCCGAACGCGUUAGAAAUGUCGACUUUCAGUAAAUCCGAUGAGUACGGAUUCGUGCGUCCUGACGAUUUCGAUUAUGUUGAAUAUGAAAAGUUCAUGACUGUUUACUUCACAAUACUUACUAAAUGUUCAAUGAGAUGGUCACGUCUAUUGACGUCCAACCCACAACUGAAGAGAAACGCUCAACUAAAAAAAUUUGUACGUAAAGGAAUACCACUUACGCUCAGGGCACAAACUUGGACUUCUAUCAGUGGUGUACAGAAGUUAAAGGACAAGUAUGGGCCAAAUACGUAUAAACGCAUGCUAAACAAACCAAUUAAUGAAGACAUCAGGAAUAUAAUCACAGUUGAUGUUCCACGAACAUAUCCAGACAACAUUUAUUUUCAUCCAAAUUCUGAAAAUCAAAAGACUUUGUUUAGGAUAUUAUGUGCAUUUGCAGCAUGUAAUCCAGAUGUAGGCUACUGUCAGGGUUUAAAUUACAUAGCUGGUUUAUUACUAUUAGUUACUAAAAAUGAAGAAACUUGUUUUUGGUUACUGCGAGUAUUAGUGGAAAAUAAACUACCAGACUAUUAUUCUAAGACAAUGGAUGGUGUCAUUGUUGAUAUUGAAGUUUUUUCACGCUUAGUAAAAAAAAAAUUUCCUGAAGUGUCUCAACAUAUGAAUGAUUUAGAAAUGCCGUGGGCAUUAGUCGCUACUAAAUGGUUUAUUUGCCUUUUUUCUGAGGUCUUACCAAUUGAGACAACUUUGAGAGUUUGGGAUUGUUUAUUUUAUGAAGGAUCUAAGGUUAUAUUCAGAGUUGGUUUGAUGUUAGUGAAAUAUUAUAAAAAAGAUUUGUUGGAAUGUGAAGACAUUGUAUCAUUGGCAGAAUGUUUUAAGUCAAUCAUUCAACGGCCAUUUCCUCUAAACUGCCAUAUAUUUAUUAAACAAAUGUUUUCAGACAUUGGAUCAUUACCCAUGUCAUUGAUUAAUGAUCUACGUAGACAAGUAUCCGCUGAACGCAAUACUGAUAAAUCUACCUAUAAAAAUAGAAAAGGCUGAUUUUGUAUAGCUAUUAAUUAUAAGAGUUUAUGAAAUGUUUGUACAGAUGAAUAAAUUCUAGUCAUAUUGUAUUUUUAUGUUGUAACAUAUGGCUUAUAUUUAAUUUUUUUAAAGUCAAAGUUUUCAAUGAACUAUUAUUCUAUUAAAAUAUAUCAUUUUUAAAGUAUUAUAAUACACUGUAAGUAGCUAUACAUAAAACUCUGUAUUUAUAUAUAUCAUAAAUUUAUUCUGUUAUAUCAAAUAAUCUUUUGUUGUUUUUAAAUGUUCUAGUUUUAUACAUUAUGAUCAAUAUGUGGCUGUGGCUAUAGUGUUUUUUUAAUUUAAUGUUGUAGAAUGUUUAAAUAGCAAUAUAUCUUAAACCAGUGGUUCUUAACCUUUUUUAGUUCAGCGUCCCUUCACCGCGAUAACUGACGACUUAACCCCUCAUCUCUUGUUCAAACCAAUCAAAAAAUUCUCAUACAAAUAAUUAAAUUUAACCAGUAUUCUAAAUUAAAAUAAAAAGUCUAAAUUUAAUAUAUAGUAAAUAAAUGUUUUGUUUGACUCCAAUUAAGUUAGAUUCAAAAAUCUAACAAUCCCCCCCCACCCCUGAAAGACCAAAAUGCCCCAUUAGGGGCGGUAUCUUAUUAUGGGGCAUUAAGAACCACUGCCUUUACUAUCAUUGUAUGUAUUUAAGUCAAAUAUUUUAGCAAUAUUAUCUGCCAUUUAAUGAUGAGUAAGUUAUGAUUAUUUAAAAAAAAUUUUAUAAAAAUGAUUUUAUAUUGUACCAUUUAUUUUUAUUAAGAUUAAGGUAUAUUGUUGAAUUAUUUUUAUUUGUAUCUCUAAGCGCUAAAAA